AUGAGUUGGCCAAGGCAACUACUAGCUGUCGUGUCUUUCUUAGCAACGGGAGUUAUAUUCUCGCCGGAGAGCUUUGGAUCGAAAUCAGACGGUCAGAUUUCGACGAAGCUUGCUACCUACCUCAGACUGGCUCAUCUUCUCAGCUUCUCCACGGCCUUGGGCACCGCUCUCUGGGUCACCUUCGUCGCCGUCGUCGUCAAUUUUGGAACCUUAAUUCCGAGGCAUCUGUUUGGAAACCUGCGAAGCAAGUUGUUUCCCGCGAGUUUCAUCCUGGUUGGGAUCUGUUGUGCAAUAUCAGCAGGCUCGUUUGGGUAUCUGCAUCCAUGGAAGUCGUCGUCUACAGCUGAGAAGUUCCAACUUGGGCUCUUGUUGUCUUCGUUUGCAUUCAAUCUCUCCAAUUUGUUUCUCUUUGGACCCAUGACCAUCGAGAUGAUGAAGAAAAGGCAUAAGGUGGAGAGAGAAUUGUGUAUUGGGGAAGAAAUUGGGUGGUCGAAGAACACGGAAGUUGCAAUGGUGAACACAAAGCUUGCAGCCGUGAACAGGAAAUUUAGGAUGAUUCAUGGGGUUGCAUCCCUGGCUCAUGUCAUGUUCUUUGCCACCCUAAUCAUGCAUUCAUGGCAUUUGGCUGGUAAUUUUAUCAAUUAAUUAAUCUCUACUUUCAAUUUGG